UCGAAUUACUCGAUGGGAAUAAUGGACGUCCAUGCAGAGGUUGAUACAAAAACAUUUGGGAGGAAAACGGUCAUUCUGAUUGUGUUUGUUGUGAUAAUCACAAUAUGGUUAUCUACACACAAUGAACUGAAAGACAGGGUAAAUAAAAUACUGAAAAAUCAAGAUGUCUACCAUGUAAUCAGAGCACGAUUUGAUCAUCUUAAUUUCAACGUUCAACAAGUCUCCAGAACCAGCCCUGAAUACAAGGAUGAAUUUGAACGCCUGUCCUUGACGAAUGUGUCCAGAUUUUCCACACCCUGGCGAAUUCAUGACCUUGUAUUUCAUGAAGGUAAAUCUCCUGUUCUUGUCAAAGGAAACAUGUACUUCACUGAAAAUCAAAGCAGAGACAUUUUCUUCAAAUACCUCAAAGAUUUCAAUUUUUACCAACCAGUGAUGACCAUCGAGGAUCGGAUAUCACUUAUGCAGACUCUAGAAGUGUUUGAGCACGUGUGUCAUAGCAACGGUAUACGUCACUUUCUGUUUGGUGACACCUUGCUUGGUUUGUAUCGGCACCAGGGAUUCGUUCCUUGGACAGGAAGUGCUCAUGUUUGUGUACGCGAAUCGGAUUGGUUGAAAUUACAUUCUUCUCUGACUGUCUUACCACAGUUCAACAUUGACGUUUUUCAGAACAAUCGGUGGACGUUUUAUUUCAGGGAAUAUCAGGCUAACCAUCCCGAUCAAUUUCCAUAUUUGGAUAUUUCCUUCUUUAACGAAGACAUCUCCCAUAUAUGGUCAGUAAGUCCCUCAGCAAUGCCUUUGUUUCUGUAUAAGAAAAGUGAAGUUUUCCCUUUGCAACGGCAACCCUUUGAACAUUUGUUUCUACCAGUUCCACGUAAUCUGGAAUUCAUUCUCAAAGAAUUUUACGGGAAUAUGACGGAUGACUGCCAUUCGGAUAACUUUCUUGUUGACAGUUACAUUAGACAGAACACUCACACCUAUGUUAACUUGCCAUGCCAGUUUUUGCAUGCCGUCUACCCGUUUGUAUUUCGCAACACAUCACGUGAUCCCCUUACUGAAAUUUUGAUGGUAGGCGAAACUGUGUUCAAGAAAAGAAAAGAUCCACAUACCUAAAAUAAAGCAUUAAUAUUCAACACGAAGUUUGUGCAUGAAUGGAUCCGAUGUCACAGUAUUUACAUCUCCUAUUUG